AAUAAUGAGUAUAAAGAAGCAUAGGGUUUAAGUGUUAAAGUUGAAAAAUAACCAAAAAUAGGAAAAGUGUCAUUCAAUAGGUUUGCAUAAGGAAGUGACGACAUGUUACCCCAUUUAAGCGUCGACGAAGGACAGCCCUCCAUGACCCGCAAGGUGUACAUUAAUCCCAAUUUCCAACUGCAAGGUCAAACUGCGCAUCAGCUGCCGUUCCAAAUGCCUUUCCAGCCGUUCCAAGCGCCACCGCAGUCUCAUCCCGCAAUCCACAUCAAUCCACACUUCCUGCAACGACAGCAGGCCAUAUACGAACAGUUUCAGCGGGAACAGCAGAAACAGCUUCUGAUGCAACAGGUCUCCGCCUCUUAUUACGAACAGAAUGCUCCCAUACCAUCGGUUCCUGCUGUGCCUACUCCUUCUCCGCCGCCUGCCAUGAUCAUUAGCAAGGCAAACACGUGUCUGGUGCGCAAGGCUCCUGUGAAAUCCAGAGCUCCUCCGAUUAAGCCCACUGCUACACAUCCUUUGCCCGCUUUGUCUACCGUUGUUCAGCCUCCAUUGGUAAGCAUUUCCAAGCGGAAGAUUGUGCGCCAAGGAGCUGUCAAGGCCACACCAGCGGUUUCCAAACCCCAUCCGCCUCCUAUUCCCGCUAAACGCACCAGGUACAAACUAGUGCGUUCCUUAUCGCUAACCUUUACACCACUGGUCAAGAAGCGUCGUCCUCUGCGGGAAUUUGUCGGCCAGUAUGCACUGAGACGCACAAAUGAAUUGGAUCCAAGAAAAAAAUUGAGCUCUAAGCCACAGGUAAUAAAACUUGGGGUCAACAAAUCGCUUAGCAUGGUCAGCAUACACGGCGUAAUGUACAAAAAGAUAUCGAAGAACAAGAUAACCAAGCUGGAUGCCAAUUCAGAAGGAGUAUCGAAAUCCGCGAGCCCCAGGAUCCUGAAGCAUACCUUAUCUGGAAGAACAUUAUUAGUCAGCGGCAAUAAGUUUAUCAUAGAUCCAUCUGGCUGCCGUUUAACGAGAGUUCCACCUUCACCAGCUUCUCCCCAGAUAAGCGUAAACCGUAGCAUCCUGCGACGCAUCGAUAUCGGCGGCCUUACCUAUGUGGCUUCACCCAAGACACAGAACGUCUUCAUACGCACCACGAAUCACGUGUCGAGAGCUCACCUAAUCACCGCCAAGCAGAGAAGUCUGACGCUGCUCAACAAGUCGUUGGUAAAAACCAAUGUUCCUUGUGCCAUCUUCCAAAAACUGGGCAAAUGCGCCGCCCACAGUCGCGGAAAGUGCCGCAAGCUGCACGACAAGCGGCAGGUCGCCAUCUGUGUCAGCUUCCUACGCGGCGAAUGCACGAAGCCUGACUGCCUUCUCUCCCAUAAUGUUACCCUGGAGAAGAUGCCCGUUUGUCGGUACUAUUUGCGCGGCGUUUGCGUCCGAGAGGAUUGUCCGUACCUGCACAAGAAGCUCAGCCGUAAGGCCGAGAUCUGUAUUGAUUUUGUGCGCGGCUACUGUCCUCUAGCUGCCGAGUGCAACAAACGUCACGAAUUCGCCUGCCCAGAGCUGGAGCGCAAGGGCAAGUGCGAGUUGCCCAGGUGCGUGUUCUGCAAAAAGCCGGCAUCAAAGCGAUCAGUCAAGUUGCGGUCAAAAUCGGGAAACAACCCGGUUGGCAUCGGCAUCCCAGAGUUAACAAAAGAGCCGGCCCAAAAGGAUGAUUUGCCCACCAGCUCACGGUACUUUGGGUGUCAGAAAGGUUUAGUGGAAGCAAUAUUGCCCAAAGAUAACGUAGAGAAGGAAGAGCCUGAUGAGAACGAAGAAAAAGAGGGAAUACGAUCCUCGGGCCUCCACCGACGUCCACAACUGGGGACUCUGCCUGCUUUUAUUCCCCUUGGAGGAGAAAAGGAAUUUUAAAAAAGUAGGAUGACUUGGACCCAACGUUUCAGGUACAAAUUAAUUUGGUUAAGUAUCAUAUAGCGUUUAUUCUAAGUUAAAACUUACGUAGUUUACAUUCAAUAUUCAAUACAUAAUAAAGACCAAUUUACUUGCAUAAAA